AUGGCCCUCGGCGUCCCUCAAGCGCGCGGCGCGGAGCCUCGCGCGGGCGGCGGCAACAGCUCCAUGCUCCAGCCGCAGCGGGAGGAAGGAGCUCCCGCGGAGCACGCGCGGCCGGAGCAGCCCGCGGGGCCGCGGGCGGGCGGAGCAGGGGGCGGGUGCGCGCAGCAGGCCUCGCGACGGCGGGGUGCGGCGGCUCCAGCUCCGUCCUCAAGCCCGCCGGCCGGCUGGAUCCGCGCGCUGCGGGGUUGCAGGGCGAGGGGAGGCGGCGGCGGAGCUCCACCUCCCUCUUCCCUCCGCGCAGGGCCUCGCCGUGGCCCCCCUGCCGCGCGUCCUCGCCGCGUCCGUGCACGCGCGGGCAAGCCGGCCCGUGGCGGCGGUGGGCAGCGGGGCGGCGGAGGCGACUCCGCAAAGCAGAGCGAGGGGAGGCGGCAGCGGAGUUCCUCUUCCCUCCUUCCUGCUCCCUCCCUUGGGGGCCAUGGCGGCCGCAAUGCGGGGCGGAGGCGCGGCUCGCGCGCCGGACGGGCGGCGGAGCUCGAGCUCAGGCGCACGCGCCGGCCGCGGAUGGCUCCCGGCGAUCGCCCUCCCUCCUCCCGCGGUGGCGCGCCGAGCUCGACCGGAGUAGAGGCCGCGGUGGCGGGCGGGCGUGCGGCGGGGAGCAGGGCGGGAGGCAGGGGCGUCGGCGACGAGCGGCGCUAG